AUGCAACAAAAUUAUGCAGAAUCAUUAUUUUCAUAUUUUUCAUAGGUGGCAAACUAAUUAUAAGCAGGUCCAAAAAUUAUUGAAGAAGUUGUAGAUUUGUAUGAAGAAAGAGCAAAUUUAGAAGAAAAAUAUGCAAAAUCUCUAGAUAAAUUAGUGGCUAAUAUAGCUAAAUUAGAUGAAAAAUCAUAGUAAUUUUAUUAAAUGAUUAAUAGAAUGUAUAAGGUCCCUAUAUUUUGUUUAAAAAGUCUCACAAUUAGUAGAUAAUAUUAAGCUUAGAGUUUAUGCUCUCAAAUAAGAGAGGAUCUAAUUAUUUAACUUAAUAAGUGAUUUAACAAUAAAAUACAACUUCAAAAAAAUUAAUUGAAGAAGCUAAGAAAAUGGAAAAAGAGAAUUUAGUAUUAAAUCAAGAAUUUAAGAAAGUAUUCAUUUAAUCUAUUUUUAUAGAAUUUUUAAGAAUAUAAAUAAAAAAAAAGAGAAUAUGAAUAGUAUGCAACAAUUUUAGUUGUUUAUAAUUUAUUAUCUGAAUAUUCAUAAAAAAAAAGAAUCAAUUAAUAUUAUAAAGUGAAUUAAAUACAAUAAGAAUACUUUGAUCUUGAAUAAAAAUAUUAAUAAUCUGUAAAUGAUUAUAAUUAAAAUUGUGAAAUUUCUAAAACUAAAAUGCAAGAAAUAUUAAAUACUAUGCAAGAAUAGGAAGAAAAAAGAAUCGGAAUGUUUUAGGAUAGUCUAAUAAAAUAAAUUGUAAAUUAAUAAUUUAAUUGUAGAUUUUUGAAGUAUCGCAUUCAAAAAAUGUUUAGUAUGAUUUAGAGAAAAUUACAGAAGUAAUUAAUGAUAUCAUAACAAAAGAUGAAGUUGCUAAAUUUAUUGCUAAUAUUAAAUAAGAAGGUCCUAAUCUAUUUGAAAAAUCAGAUGUUAUCCAUCUUACUUCUUUUAUUAGCAAUAGUUUACAAAAAUUCUUUUAAAAAGAGUUUGAUGAAUUAUUAACUUUGAAUAAUGAUGAAAAAGUGAUGAAUAUAAUUACAAAUGUUGAAGCAGGGUUUGAUUUAAAGCCUGAAGAUCAAAAACAAUAGGAAACAUAUUAUGCAGCUAAAUUAGUAUAUGAUUGUUGGAAAGAAGAAGAUAUAUAAUAAUAGAUGUUUUAAGAAGUUAAAAAAAAAACAAAAGAUAAUUAUUAAUUAAGAAUGUUAAUAAUUGUUGCUAUUUAAAACAAAAGAUUUAAUACAUAAUUUAAAUUUAAACCAAUUGCUUUUUAAAAUGUUCUUAAAUUAUUCAAUUGA